CGCACAUCCAGCACAAUCGAAGGCACCCUCUUUGCGCCCUCUCGUCCGGCGAAGGAGUUCUUUUGUGGCACUAAUUCCGAAUGACGCAGGAUAAAAGGAUCGCCCGAUUUGGAGGCCCUUGUUCUACACGGAACAUCGGCCGAAGCACGCCGGCCCGACGCGUCGAUCGUCCUCAACUAAUGACUUGAUCGCGAGCUGCCGCGGCCAGCGACCCCUUUCCUCCUACUUCUCCCCGACCCAUCUUCCACGAAACACAAUGGCACCUAUACCAGUCGACCGUGACGCCCUCGGCAUGCAGCGCGCCUUCGAGGAGGCCGACGCUGGCGCGAAGGAGGGCGGUAUACCUAUCGGCUCUGCCCUCGUCCAACACGACGACUCAGGAGACCACCUUAUCGCGUCUGGCAGGAACCUGCGCAUCCAGAAGGGCUCUGCGACGCUGCACGGCGAAAUUUGCUGCCUGGAGACGGCAGGCCGUCUGAAGGCGGGCGUCUACCGCAAGUGCACGAUCUACACGACGUUGAGCCCGUGUAUCAUGUGCACCGGCGCGAUACUGCUGUACAAGAUCCCCCGCGUCGUCAUUGGCGAGAACGCAAACUUCGUCGGCGGAGAGGAGCUCUUGAAGCAGCAUGGGGUUGAGGUCGUCGUUCUGGAUGAUAACAGGUGUAAGGAGUUGAUGGCGAAGUUCAUCAAGGAAAAGCCAGAGGAAUGGAAUGAGGACAUAGGCGACGAGUAGAGCGUAUAGACAGCCAGAUUUUGUUUGGAGUAUGCACCAUUUGACCGCUCGUUUGAGACUGAUGGCGAAUUGACAGAGAAUAAUUAUAUUGUACAGUAUGGCGGUGAAUGGAUUAUUGGUACAGUGCAAUGCGACUCCUAAAAGUCCUUGUGCCGCUGUCAGAAAACUCCUCGACCUCCACGGACAAGUACGCAUCAACAUCCGUCAAAAGAAGCUAUGCGACCUGUGGCGACGAUGGUGAUGCCU